UUCUUGAUGUGCUUAAGCAGCCCUGUUUCUAAAGGAGUUCUGGUACGUUCUGGAGUUCUGGAGGUAGAACCAUGUCUCCGUUCUUGCGAAUCGGGUUCUCCAACUUCGAGAUGGACCCUGGGCUGGCCUACCACGAGGAGGUGCUCAGUCCCUACUGCGCCGUCUACAUGAAAGAGGCCAUCGACACAGAUAAUGAUGGACUUACAUGCUCGUGGGCACAGAAUUGCCUUGCGCCUCCCACCCAAAGUUCAGAGAAGGGCACGGUCUACAAGCAGAAGCGUCCCACCAUGUACCCGCCCUGGAGCAGCACGUUCGACGCCCAUGUGCACCGCGGGCGCGUCAUGCACGUGGUGGUGAAGGACCGCACUGCCAGCCUCAAGACUGAGGCCACCGUCCAACUGGACACCCUCGCCACGCGCUGCAAGAACCAGAACGGCAAGCUCGAGAUAUGGGUUGAACUGAAACCACAGGGGCGCCUGCUGAUGGAGGCCAGAUACUUUCUCGAGAGAAGUGAUGCAACGGGCCACGGUGAGCACACUGAGCGGGACUCGUCGGGUGCGGAGCGUGAGAGGGAGAGUGUGUUUGCUCUGCACCACCGCAGGGGGGCCAUCAAGCAGGCCAAGGUGCACCUGGUCAAGUGCCACGAGUUCACCGCCACCUUCUUCCCACAGCCCACCUUCUGCUCCGUAUGCAAGGAGUUUGUCUGGGGUUUGAAUAAACAGGGGUACCAGUGCAGACAAUGCAAUGCUGCCAUCCAUAAGAAAUGCAUUGACAAAGUGAUCGCCAAAUGCACCGGCUCUGCUGUCAACAGCAAAGAAACCAUGAUCCACAAGGAGCGCUUCAAGAUUGACAUGCCUCACCGGUUUCGGGUGUACAACUACAAGAGCCCCACCUUCUGUGAACACUGCGGCACACUGCUAUGGGGGCUGGCCAAACAGGGACUGAAGUGCGAGGAGUGUGGUAUGAACGUGCAUCAUAAGUGCCAGAAGAAGGUGGCUAACCUGUGUGGCGUCAACCAGAAGCUGAUGGCAGAAGCCCUCGCCAAGAUCGAGAGCACGCAACAGGCGCGUAGUUCCUCCAGGGAGAGUGAGAUCUUUACCAGAGAGGGCCCCGUGGGCAUCGGGCAGGCAGGGGUGGUCAGGGAGCCCUCGGGAUGCGUACCCUGCCUACCCACACACACUGCAGCCGGCAGAAAAGAGCAGGGCAUCUCGUGGGACGCCCCUGCUGACGGGGGCCAGGGUCAGGGUACUAGCAGCCCUCUGGCGCCCCUGGUGGAGAGAGAGAGAGAGGAGCCGCUCUACGCCGUCCCCAAGAAGGAGAUGCACAAGUACACACUGGACCAGUUCACACUGCACAAGAUGCUGGGCAAGGGCAGCUUCGGAAAGGUGUUCCUAGCCGAGCUGAAGGGCAGUGGUCAGUACUUUGCGGUGAAGGCACUAAAGAAGGACGUGGUGCUGAUGGACGACGAUGUGGAGUGCACCAUGGUGGAGAAGAGAGUGCUGUCACUGGCCUGGGAACACCCCUUCCUAACACACCUGUACUGCACCUUCCAGACCAAGGAAAAUCUGUUCUUCGUGAUGGAGUAUCUGAAUGGAGGAGAUCUGAUGUUUCACAUUCAGGCGUGUCACAGAUUUGACAUACCCAGAUCAACAUUCUAUGGUGCAGAGAUUGUGUGUGCACUUCAGUUUUUACAUUCCAAAGGCAUCGUAUACAGAGACCUGAAGCUGGACAACAUCCUGUUGGACAUGGACGGCCAUAUUAAGAUCGCCGACUUCGGCAUGUGCAAGGAGAACAUGAUGGGGGACACCAGGACGUCCACCUUCUGCGGCACGCCAGAUUACAUUGCACCAGAGAUUCUGCUGGGGCAGAAGUACAACAGCUCGGUGGACUGGUGGUCCUUUGGGGUGCUGCUGUUCGAGAUGCUGAUUGGCCAGUCGCCCUUCCACGGCCAUGACGAGGAGGAACUGUUCCAGUCCAUCCGCACCGACGACCCCCAUUACCCAUCUACCCUACCGCGGGACGCCAAGGACAUACUCAUCAAGCUGUUUGUGCGUGAGCCAGAGCGCCGCCUGGGGGUUCGGGGGUGCAUCCGCACUCACGCCUUCUUCAGAGACACAGACUGGGACGCCCUGGAGCAGAGACGCGUUAAGCCUCCCUUCAGACCCACCGUGAAAAGUGCAAACGACUGUAGUAACUUUGACAAGGAGUUCAUCAAUGAGAAGCCUCGUCUCUCCUGCGCCGACCGCACCCUCAUCAACAGUGUCGAUCAGACCAUGUUCAACAACUUCUCCUUCGUCAAUCCUGCCAUGGGACGCAUCAAGAAUGCCUAAACACACACACACACACACACACACACACACACACACACACACACACACACACACACACACACACACACACACACACACACACACACACACACACACACACACACACACACACACACACACCCACACACACACACACACACACACACACACACACACCAAUAUCAUUGAUCAGAGAUCAUGUUCAGUUGCUUACAUGACGUGGAUGAAUGAGAAUCUUCACAAUUUUCCAACCACAUACCGUACACACUAAACCAAGUACACACACACACACACACACACACACACACACACACACACACACACACACACACACACACACACACACACACACACACACACACACACACACACACACACACACACACACACACACACACACACACACACACACACACACUCAGACAGCUCAAUUUUACAUUCAGUCAGAUUUACAUGCAUAUUGUCUCUCAAUGUGUACUGUGCUGUAUGUAAAUUCACAUGCAUUCUUUUUUCUUACUUAAGUAUAGGAACUGUCUUUAAGUGUGUGUACUGUACUGAAGGUGUGUGUAUGCGUAUGUGCAUGUGUGUGUGUGUGUGUAUGCGUACGUGCGUGCGCGUGUCUGUGUGUGUG